UCCCUCCAUUCACUCAUUCGGUCGUGCAGCGGCUGUACAGAGGGAGGGUCGGCCAAGAGACUUUGCAGUAUUAAAUCUUUGACUUCAUUUCAAGUGUCUCUCAGGGACUCUCAGCCUGCUCUCCCUCUGUGGCCUCCUCGUCCUGUGCCGACCAACUUUUGCACUCAGACAACUAAGAACCAUGGCCCAGCAACAGCAGAUUAGCCUCCCAGCCAAACUGAUCAAUGGAGGGAUUGCAGGCAUGGUAGGAGUCACCUGUGUGUUUCCAAUUGACCUGGCCAAGACCCGCUUGCAGAACCAGCGCGGUGGGCAGCAACUCUACAGAAACAUGAUGGAUUGCCUAAUAAAGACAAUGAAAUCUGAAGGCUACUUUGGCAUGUAUAGAGGUGCUGCAGUAAAUCUCACCCUGGUAACCCCAGAGAAGGCCAUCAAACUAGCCGCCAACGACUUCUUUCGCCACCAGCUGAGCAAAGAUGGUGGCAAGUUGACGGUGUUCAAGGAGAUGUUGGCAGGAUGCUGUGCAGGAAUGUGCCAGGUCAUUGUCACCACCCCCAUGGAGAUGCUCAAGAUCCAACUGCAGGAUGCCGGCAGGCUAGCGGCCCAGCAAAGGGUGAUGCCUAGUGUGGUGACAACUCUGAAAAUGGGGGGAACCAGUGCUGUUCUCAGCCGCUCUUACAACACCAGCCCUCAAGCCAUACGAGUGUCCGCCACAGAUAUCACCAGAGAGCUGCUGAGGACCAAAGGAGUCACAGGACUGUACAGGGGACUCGGUGCCACAUUGAUGAGGGACAUCCCGUUCUCCGUUGUGUACUUCCCCCUUUUCGCACAUCUGCACCAGCUUGGUCAGCAUUCAUCUAAAGACCCAUCUGUGCCUUUCUACUGGUCCUUCAUGUCUGGCUGCUUGGCUGGAUGUGUUGCCGCAGUGGCUGUCAGCCCUUGUGACGUGGUCAAGACAAGGCUACAAUCACUCAAAAAAGGAGCUAAUGAGGAAACCUACAGUGGAGUGGUGGACUGUGUCAGGAAGAUCCUGCGAAAGGAAGGGCCUGGAGCAUUCCUCAAGGGAGCCAGUUGCCGGGCCCUGGUCAUCGCUCCGCUCUUUGGCAUCGCCCAGGUUGUGUACUUUGUAGGAGUUGGAGAGUUCCUGCUGGGGUACUGCCCCUACAACAUCUACUCUGCAUAAAUAAGCUGUUUCCUAGUCUUUCUGCCGCCUUAUUAAAUAACAGGCAGCUAUGGACCCAGCUCCCUAUUUACUGUGUACCUUCUUCAUUGUUGGAGGUUUUCAGAGUAAAACGCUAAAGGGACCAGAGGGAUGUCAUUUUAUUUCAAAAUGGUCUCAAAUUAUUCCUUUAGCACGACUAUCUCUUAUUUAAGAGAGAGAGACUGAAAUGUCGAUAUGGGCUUUAGUGGAGCUUAAUGUGAGAAAAGAAUUGCUUCCCUCACCAAGGGAUUUACUAUCCAACCUUGAUCACCAUUUCACCCAUAUAUAUGACUUGACUCCACUCCUGUGGCACCAAACCUUUCCUCCAGUUUCCUUAGAUUUAGACCCUACCCCCUAAAUGCGUCCCAUAUCACUUACCCCUCACAGUAACCCUAACCUGUGUAUCCCUCGGUGAUGGCUUGUACACGGUGUUGCAAAAGAAACCUAAGGGUGCCCAGGAACACCAAACAACAACAACAGAAUAUUGAACCUUUACUUGAAUUGCUUCAAUCCUGUUUUAAAGGGUUACAUGUGAAACUGGGCCAUGGAUGUUGAUACCGGUCUAUGUAUAUAGUGUAUUUGUUUUGGAAGUAGAUAUAAUUUGGCAACUAACUUCUCUCAGAAAAUGUUAUGCUGUCUUCUAAACAACCUGGUUAAGAAAAGACCUGACAGCUGAUAAACAAAACAUUUAGACUGCCUCCUAUCCACUGGUAUUACCCUCUAAGUCUCUAAAUAGUUUACCUAUUCUCAUUAUCUAGGCUGCUGUUUAAAUAGUUGGUUGUAAGACAAUAGCUUACCAUACAAGCUUUCUGGUGUUUGUUCUGAAAUAUAAUUGCGGUUGAGGUAUUUGGGGUUUUUACUUGGGCACUGUGAAUCUUUCCGCGGCAGCCUACACAACUCUCAUUACGUAACUUGCAAGCUGAACCUUCUGCAGCUCAACGGCUCAAUAAGGCCUUCUGCAGUUGACUUUGGAGAGCAGCUUUUUUGUGGUGAAGGCAAUGUUGUUUGAUGGCAGUGAACUAGACUGAGGAUGGACAAGACUUUGUGGUUGGGAUUUCCAGGGCUUUUGGGACCAAGUCGUCUGGGGGAAAAAAAGUGCAACAUGACCUACACAUAACCACUUUCUCUUAGUUGACUGUGGUUGUUUUCUUGUCUGUUAGAGAUGGAGGCGCUCACACACAAAUGUAUCAUGUUAGGCUCUUAGGAGCAGAGGAGAAUGGAGUCUGCACUCCUUCUUCAUUCAUGGGUCAAAGUCCUUUUUAACAAUCUUACCGAUGUAAAUAUAUAUCCUGUAUUUUUUCAAUUUUCUCAAACUGUAAGUUUAAUUCAAAUUGAAGAUAGAUUUAACAUUUCAACAUGUUAAAAGCAGUUGAGAAGAUAAUUUAUUUAUUUUUUAAGUUCAUUUUAGAAUUACGCAUGUAAAUACAGAUUUCUAAAUGCUGAAUAAAUAUUUAUAAAUGCA